UGUAUGUAUGUGUGUGUGUAUGUGUGUGUGUGUGCAGGAGGAGCUGCAGUGUGAGGUGCUGCAGCGGCUGCAGGAGUUAGCGCAGAUGCGUGAGGAGCAGCAGAGCAGGCUGACCGCCCUCAGGCAGCGUCUGCAGGGUCAGCACCGCCCACGAGCCGCCAGUGACCUCUCCCACUGCCGCCGGGCCUCAGCUGACCUCUCGCACUACACCCGGGCCAGCAUGAAGAGUCUAGACAAGUGGUACGAGCCGCGGCUGCUGGCCCUGCUGAGGAGGAAGCAGGCGAGUGAGGACACUCUGAGGAAGAGCCGGGAGCUGGGGCAGGACCUGAAGAAACAUGUGGAGCCUCUGAGAGAGGAGAGCAGGAGAAUGAAGCUGGAGAGUGAACAACUUCAACAGAGGAUCGACCUCAUGGAGCAGGAGAGGAGAGGGAGAGCAGCACAGCACCAGGAGACGGUGUCUUUGUUAGAAGAGUGUGUAAGAGAGCUGCAGACGGAGCUGCAGAUUCAGAUUAACACCAACAGACAACUGGGCGAACUCAACCACUGCCUUACUGCACAGAGCAGUGUGUACAGGAGGUGUUUAGGAUACAGUGAUGGAUCAGACACACCAGAUGAAGAAAAUGACUGAGUUGCUUCAGUAUCAGUGCACACACAACACUUCUAGAGUCGCAGCAUUUUAAUGAAUGGUAAUUAAUUUAUUUGUCAAUAAUUCAACAAUUCAAUGACCACAGUUGGCUAUAUAGUGAUGGUGGCGCUAUAGAGCAAUGUGCAUCCCAAAUUUUUUCGACAUUAACAUUUUAAUAUAACAUUAUAGUCUUUAAGGCUUUUAGUAAAAUGUGUUUUGGGGAGGGGGUAGUGCACUACAGGCUUUUUUCUCCUACAUAACUUUUACUUUUAUACUUUAAGUAGUUUUGAAACUAGUACCUUUACACUUUUACUUAAAAGGUAAAAAGCUUGAGUUAAUACUUCAACUUCUAAAGAAGUUUUUUUAAACCUAUCUAUACUUCUACUAACAGAGUAAUGAAUGUAAAUACUUUUAAUGCCUUUGAAUUAUACUGAUCACACAAUAAAAAAAAAAAACUCACAUAAAUUCAGACAGUUAUUUUCAGACAUAACUCUUUAAUCAGUCUCACAGCUAAACAGACAGUAGAACAUCACCAGUCUGCUUUGGUUUAGGGCCUGUUGUUCCUGUUACUCACUCACUGCACUCACUCUGAACAGGCCCGAGACAUAGUGUGUAGCAUAUACUGAAUAAUGACUAAUAUCACUUAUGAAGUUCUUUUUAACACACAGCAGUUUAAGUGUAAUACACUGCAGUUAUAAACUACAGCUCUAACAUGCAUACAUCAGCUGAAGGUUUAGACUGUUUCCAUCACAUUACCCUGCUGAUUCAGUAGAACACUUACUAUUAAUAAAGGCAAAUUUCUGGCUUCUGCAGUGUCAGUUUACAUUUGUCAUGAACAAAGUUUGACCCAAAAGUGACCAAAACGGAGCUCCACACAUCCACAGAAACAAAGCCGCGAUCCAAUAAGAGAUUUAAAACAAGUAAAACAAUAAAACCCCACAGCCGCUACAUUUCCUCCUCAGCCUGGAGCCUCGUAAGGUCACUUAAUUUAGAAAAGCUAGGAAGAUAAAACAUCUCGUCCUUAUGCACUAAAAUAAGCCUGAAAUAAAAAUUCUGCAUUCUGAAUUCAACUGAUUCACAUGUGUGGUGUUUCACCUCAGUUACAUGUUCAGCACAGUUCAUCAUGUAAAACAGUGUAUUAAUGUAGAACAGCUCUACACAUCUGAAUCGGACACAUACAGACUGUACUGUAUGCAGAGCGGCAGAGUUGCUAGGAGCCACUAGGUGUCACUACUAAACUCUUUUUUUUUGUGAGCAGUAAAGUGACUAAAAUCAGCAUCAGGCAGCAGAUUAAAUGAAAUUGGUUAAAAGUGUGCAGUGGGUCAGUAUGACUAACCCAGCAGGCCUAAUUCUCCAACAGCUACUUUAGCGUCUAAUGUCAUUUUUUUGUCAGUAUCUGGUCAGUUUUUAAGGUCACUGAAUGUUUAACCCACUAAUUUGUCAAUUUAAAAAUUGCAAAGCAGCAAAACAGUCACAUUUCAAAGUAAAAGAACAAAAACAUCAUUUUAAAAUAGUGCAAUUCUCCAAUUCUCCUUAAAACAAACGGCUCAAUAAAAAAAAAAUCAAAAA